AAGCAAGAUGGCGGCGAGAGUAUUUCCGGCGUGUGUUCUUAUGGCUGCGUCCGGGUGGCUGCGGCAGGUAGCACCGAACGGGUUCCAUCCCUUUGGCUGCAUAGACAACGGCGAUGGCGGGCAGACGGUCGGUCUGCAGCCGGGCCGCACUUCUCCAGCUGCUUCUUGGUGUGAACCUGAUGGUGAUGCCACCCACCCAGGCCGGGAGUCUGCGCUUCGUAACCUUGCUGUAUCGACAUGGAGACCGUUCACCAGUGAAGACAUAUCCCAAAGAUCCCUAUCAGGAAGAAGACUGGCCCCAGGGGUUUGGUCAGCUAACCAAGGAGGGGAUGCUACAGCACUGGGAGCUGGGCCAGGCUCUGCGACAGCGCUACCGUGGCUUUCUAAACACCUCUUACCACCGGCAAGAGGUUUAUGUGCGAAGCACAGACUUUGACCGUACUCUGAUGAGUGCUGAGGCCAACCUGGCUGGACUCUUUCCUCCCAGUGGGAUGCAGCGCUUCAACCCAAACAUCUCAUGGCAGCCUAUCCCUGUGCAUACUGUGCCCAUUGCUGAGGACAGGCUGCUGAAGUUCCCGUUGGGCCCAUGUCCCCGCUAUGAGCAACUGCAGAAUGAGACCCGGCGGACACCAGAGUAUCAGAACGAGAGCACUCAGAAUGCACAAUUUCUAGACAUGGUGGCUAAUGAGACAGGGCUCACAGACCUGACGCUAGAGACUGUCUGGAACGUCUAUGACACACUCUUCUGUGAGCAAACACAUGGGCUGCUCCUGCCGCCCUGGGCCUCACCCCAAACCAUGAAGCGUCUGAGCCGGCUAAAGGACUUCAGCUUCCGCUUCCUCUUCGGGAUCUAUGAGCAGGCGGAGAAGGCCCGGCUUCAAGGGGGAGUCCUGCUGGCUCAGAUACGGAAGAACCUGACCCUAAUGGCAACCACCUCCCAACUCCCUAAGCUGCUGGUUUACUCUGCGCAUGACACUACCCUGGUCGCUCUGCAAAUGGCACUGGAUGUCUACAAUGGUGAACAAGCCCCUUAUGCCUCCUGCCACAUAUUUGAACUAUACCAGGAAGAUAAUGGGAAUUUCUCAGUGGAGAUGUACUUUCGGAACGAGAGUGAGAAGGCCCCCUGGCCGCUGAUCCUGCCUGGCUGCCCUCAUCGCUGCCCACUGCAGGACUUCCUUCGCCUCACAGAGCCUGUCGUUCCCAAGGAUUGGCAGCAGGAGUGCCAGCUGGUGAGCGGGCCUGCAGACACAGAGGUGAUCGUGGCCUUGGCUGUGUGUGGCUCCAUCCUCUUCCUUCUCAUAGUGCUGCUCCUCACCGUCCUCUUCCGGAUGCAGGCCCAGCCUCCUGGCUACCGCCACGUCGCAGACGGGGAGGACCAUGCCUGACAACCACUCAGCCCGCUUCCCUCUACCUCCUAGGGGAGGUGGGCUGGGCCCUUGCUUCUGACUGUUGCUGCUCCCCAGCCAUGGAUAGGAGACCCUAGGCUGGGCCUCCCUCUCAUCACCCUGGCCAGAUGAGUGAGUGGGGCUCAGCUUGGUCAUGGCACCUGUCACUCAGCAUUCACACACCUGAUGUUUACCAAGUACUGUGUUGGACACUGGCUUUCUCCAAACAGGAUUUGCCUUCUCUAUGCUCCCUAAGCACCUGAGAUGUAAACAGAAAUUCAGUUUACAGGACCUGGGAUAAAGAAACUGACGGAGUGGUGCUUGAUCCGCCUUGUUCUUCCAUCAAGCCCUGCUUUCUCUUCUAGCCUGGAGUUUUUGGCAAAUAGCUGAGGCCAGUCCUGCCUCUCAGUGCUUACUUUAGUGGAAAAAACUGCACAAUGCUAGGGGUACAAACACUGGCUACCAAGGAACUGGAUCACCCAACAGCCAGCCAACUGACUUUCCCUUUGUCUGGCUGAAGCUACCAUUAGAGUAGACAUAAUGCUUCAGGCAUUUCUGUCACCUCUUCAGCUUGAGCAGGACAAAGGGUACAUGGACUUAGAAGAGCAUGGGGGGAGAUGGGAGGGAAGUGGAUUGUCACAUAGAAUCAUGAAAUGUUUUCCUUCUCAUUGGAGCUGGGGUCUCUGGGGACCUAAAGUCAAUGCAGGUUGUGAGCGGCACAAUUCCUGACUGUGGCCCAGAAUAAGGCUGAGGCAACUCCCAGAGAAUGAAAGUUGUGGACUCUUA